AGAGAGAAGAAAUUCAGUAAAAAAAGAAGAAGAAAAUCCAGGUUAUCUAAUCAUCUGCAGUAAAGCAAGUGAAGUCGUGCACUUCCCCAACACUCACACCAUGGAUUUGCUCUCAAUCUCUCCCUCUCACCCUUUACCUUCUUCCAUUCGCACCCUUUCCUCAAACCCUAAGUCCCCCAUUUCCUCCUCCUUCUUCACCCCCAAACCCCAUUCACGCUUCUCCAAACCCUCCAAAACCCCCGCAAGGUGUGUCUUCACGGCCUCGCCAAUCCCCUCCAAAAUCCCAAACUUUGGGUCUCAAUCUCGGAACCCGGGCCUCACUUUCGAGCUCUCCGCGCCCCAGACGCCUUCGACGGCGGCGAGAGGCGCGGAGGGCGACGUGAUGGGGCUGUUGCUGAGGGAGAGGAUUGUGUUCCUCGGGAGCAGCAUCGACGACUUUGUGGCUGAUGCUAUCAUGAGCCAGUUGCUGCUGUUGGAUGCCCUAGACCCCACUAAGGAUAUCAGGCUCUUUAUUAAUUCCACUGGUGGCUCUCUCAGUGCUACAAUGGCUAUCUAUGACGCUGUACAGCUUGUGAGGGCCGAUGUUUCCACAGUUGCACUCGGCAUUGCAGCAUCAACAGCUUCUGUUAUACUUGGUGGUGGGACCAAAGGCAAGCGCUUUGCUAUGCCAAAUACACGAAUUAUGGUUCAUCAACCUCUUGGAGGUGCUAGUGGGCAAGCUAUAGAUGUAGAAAUUCAGGCUAAAGAAGUUAUGCACAACAAGAAUAAUAUCACAAGAAUUAUAUCAAGUUUCACUGGACGCUCAUUUGAACAAGUGCAGAAAGAUAUUGAUAGGGAUAAAUAUAUGUCUCCAAUUGAAGCAGUGGAAUACGGAAUUAUUGAUGGUGUAAUCGAUAGAGAUAGCAUUAUUCCUCUCAUGCCAGUGCCAGAAAGAGUGAAAUCAACACUAAACUAUGAAGAAAUAAGUAAAGACCCCAGGAAAUUCCUAACCCCAGAUAUUCCUGAUGAUGAGAUAUACUAGCUUUAAAUGGUUGAUAAUGUUAUAUCCUUGAAUUUUAUGUUACGGUGAUAACAGAAUUCAACAUUUUUGGGUAAAGCUUGAGGAUGCUGGAACAAACCCUGAAAGAUGUAGGAUUGUCUUAUAUUUGUCUUGCAUUUUUUAAUUUUAUUUCGUGUGGGUGAGUGAAAAAUUAUGGUUCAGCUAUGGAGAAUUUUGUUGGUUAUCAUUAUCUUGAUUCUUUCUUCA